AGAGCGGAGUCACCGGGAGCAUGCUGCUGGACCUGCCGGCCUGUGCCUUCGAGAUCACCCGCGUCUGCCUCCCAGCUGAGAGACUGAAAGUGCUGGCCUGCCUGAACAAGCUGGGACAGCAGCACAUGGAUGCCAUGAAGGUUUUUAAUGAUCCAAUUCACGGGCACAUCGAAAUACAUCCCCUUCUUGUGCGCAUCAUUGACACACCUCAAUUUCAGCGCCUCCGAUACAUUAAGCAGCUGGGUGGCUCUUACUUUGUCUUUCCAGGAGCCUCUCACAACCGCUUCGAACACUCCAUAGGGGUGGGCUACCUGGCAGGAUGUCUGGUUCGUGAACUGAAGGAGAGGCAACCAGAACUGGACAUAACCCAGCGAGAUAUCCUGUGUGUAGAAAUUGCUGGGCUUUGUCAUGAUUUGGGUCAUGGGCCAUUUUCCCACAUGUUUGAUGGAAGAUUUGUUCCACUUACUCGUCCAGAUUUGAAGUGGAAGCAUGAAACUGCUUCUGUUAGAAUGUUUGAGCACCUGGUCACUUCCAAUAAACUAGAAGACGUCAUGACAUCAUAUGGUCUUGUCCUGGAGGAAGAUAUGGACUUCAUCAAAGAACAAAUAGGAGGGCCUAUGGAUGAAAGCACUUGUGAGGAAUUGUGGCCCUACCGUGGUCGACAAAAGGAGAAAAGUUUCCUAUAUGAAAUAGUAGCUAACAAAAAAAAUGGCAUUGACGUUGACAAAUGGGAUUAUUUUGCAAGGGAUUGCCAUCACCUAGGAAUCCAGAAUAACUUUGAUCAUAAGCGAUUACUUAAAUUAAUUCGGGUCUGUGAAGAAGGAAACCAGAAGCACAUCUGUGCCCGUGACAAGGAAGCUGGAAAUUUGUAUGAGAUGUUCCACACACGGAUUUGCCUGCACCGACGAGCAUACCAACAUAAGAUUGGCAACAUCAUUGAAAUAAUGAUUACGGAAGCCUUUCAAAAAGCAGACCAAUUUUUGAAAAUAGAAGGCUCUGGGGGAAAAGAGUACCAGAUUUCUACAGCAAUGGAGGACAUGGAAGCAUACACUAAGCUGACCGAUCACAUCUACCUGGAAAUUCUGCACUCAAGUUGUCCAGAACUGAAGGAGGCACGGGAAAUUUUGCGUAAAAUAGAACGACGUGAAUUAUACAAGUUUUUAGGAGAGAGUCAACCUGAAACAGCGAGGGAAAUUGUAGAGAGUGGUAGCCUGGCAGAAGACAUUGCUAAUUCCAAGCCAGAAAAGAAUCCUCCGGAUGUGGACCUAAAGGCUGAAGAUUUCAUAAUUGAUGUUGUCAAUAUGGAUUAUGGAAUGAAAGAAAAGAAUCCCAUUGAUAAUGUCCUCUUCUAUUGCAAGGCUGAUCCCUCCAAGGCAGUCAGGAUAGUUAAGGAACAGGUUUCAAAGCUUUUACCCAUGAGGUUUGCAGAGCAGCUUAUCCGGGUUUACCACAAAAGUCAGGAUUCAGAUAUUGUUUCAGCUGCAAAACAGUAUUUUGUUCAGUGGUGUAUGCGGAAUAAUUUCACCAAACCAAAGGAUGGUGAUGUGGUUGCGCCUCAUCUAACUCCAAUGAAGAAAAGCUGGAAUCACAGGAGAGACGAUGACUGCAGGACAGCUGCCAAACACAGUUGCAAACAAAGGCUUUCUUUUGGGAAGUAA